AUGAAGUUUUCUACUGUGAUGGUCUUCGUCAGUGGCCUUGCGGCCGGAGUGCUGGCUGCACCGGUUCCGAGCCCCCUUUCCACGGGAGACCUGGAUACCACUCAUUUUCCGGUGCACGAACAGUCCACGGGCCACAGCGGUAGCAUGCCCAACUCCAACCCUCUGCAUGGAAGCGCCAGGAGCCCACAGAUCCUCGGAACACUUAGAUUUCCGCUGCCUGGGAGCGUCUCAUCCGAGGUUAAGGGUAGCGCCUCAAUCCCGACGAAGCGUCAAAGUCUCUCCAUCGCCGGGAAUCUGCCUCUCAGCAUCACGAUCCCCCAAGAUUUGGGUCCCGCGAUCUCUGUCUCGCAGCCCUCGCUUUCCAUUACAGGGCUUUUAGCAAGGGACUAG